AGGACCAUAGAGGGGGGCAGUUCAGAGCAGAGCAGUGUGAUUGGUGCAGACCUGGGGAUGUGGUGAUGUGGCAGACAGGACUGAAGCUGUAUUGGCUCUGGUGAGAGGCAGUGGGAGGAGACUCUGACAAUGAAUGUGCUGAGGACACAUGUUUACAAUGAUGGGGAGAGAGGAAGAAUGGAGCUGCACAGGACCUCCAAACACUAUGGUGCCUCUUUUGAACAGACUGACAGUCAAGGAAGCUCCAUGAGAAAGUCACAACAGAAGGACACCAAAGAGGCGCACUGACCUGCAUUGUCACAGGAGCACCAUGCAAAACAGAUUUGUUAUCACAACAGCUGAUAGCGUUUGUUUCUGACUUCACUGUUCUGUACCAAGUGUGACACACUCUCCCUGUUCCCUAACAAACUGACACCGGUCGUCACAAGAACAAACUCUCCCCAGGGAUGACCAGCGCUCAGCUGCUGAAAACUUCCCCAGAAGAGUCUGUGUUCGAUGCCCAGCCGUCCCACAGGAUGGCAUCCACCGUGUCCACUGUACCCUGCGGUGUCCUCGGACGCUCGCCGCCCCCUCCGGCCGUCUGGCCUCCUCUGGAUUUCGCCCUGGGUGCUCUCGCCUGCUGCGCCGCCUGUGUGUUCACCAACCCCCUGGAGGUUGUAAAGACCCGUCUGCAGCUUCAGGGAGAGCUGCGUGCUCGGGGGUCCUACCAGAGACACUACCGUGGGGUCCUGCAGGCCCUCUGGGUGGUGGGCCGCACAGACGGGCUCCGGGGCCUGCAGAAGGGGCUCUCGGUGGGGCUGAUGUACCAGGGUGUGAUGAACGGCGUGAGGCUGGGCUCCUACUCCUACUGUGAAUCUCUGGGCAUCACCUCCUACCACGGGGGCAGUCUGCUGUCAGGGGCCGGGGCCGGGGCGCUGGGGGCCCUCAUUGCCUCGCCUGCCUACCUGGUGAAGACCCACCUGCAGGCUCAAACUGUGCAAGCCAUAGCAGUAGGCCACCAGCACAACCAUCUGGGAGCGUCUGAUGCCUUUGUUACCAUCUAUAGAAGAGACGGUUUAAUUGGUCUUUGGAGGGGUGUGAACGGGGCUGUGCCUCGAGUCAUGGUGGGAUCAGCUGCUCAACUGGCAACCUUCACCUCGGCCAAGGAAUGGGUGUCACAUUCCCAGUGGUUUAGUCCAAACAACUGGCUCACGGCUCUGAUAGCCGCCAUGAUCAGUGGAGUCGCCGUGGCGAUCAGCAUGACGCCGUUUGACGUCAUUAGUACAAGGCUCUACAACCAGCCGGUGGAUGAGUUUCGUAGGGGGCGUCUGUACCACGGCUUUUCAGAUUGUAUGCUGAAGGUGUGCCAAUCCGAGGGCCUGCUGGGCUUGUAUAAAGGCAUGGGUCCUGUCUUCGUGCGCUUGGCCCCACACACAAUGCUCAGCAUGCUGUUCUGGGAUCUGAUGAGGCAACAGACAGUAAAGGACAACCAGAGCCAGGGAAGGAACUAAAACACCCCAAAACGCCUGCACUUGAUUGACUGGACUCAGCUACGACUACUGAAGCGGUCCAUCAAUUAACGAAACACUGAAUUUAAAGCAAAUGUUUGACAUUUUGGUUAAUGUGCUUAUUCACAUUCUUGCUGAGAGUUAGAUGAGAAGAUUGAUACCACUCUCAUGUCUGUACGGUAAAUAUGAAGCCAGCAGCUGGUUAGCUUAGCUUAGCAUAAAGACUGGAAACGGGUGGAAACAGCUAGCCUGGCUCCGUCCAACUGUAAUAAAGUCCACCUACCAACACCUCUCACUAAUUAACACGUUGAAGUCUAAAAAUGUUAAUUUGCUGUUUUACGGGAUGUUAUCACAACAGUGACUUCCUGGAGUCUCCGCUGGUUGCCUGGCAACUGCUCAGAGCCAAGAAACAGGCACAUAACUCGCCUCCAUAAAACGUUGAAUUGUCGUUUUUACACUUCUUUUUGUGAGCUGUAAAGGCGCUGGUGGUAGGUGGAUUUUGUUAACUUCGGACAAAGCCAGGCUAGCUGUUUCACCCUGUUUCCAGUCUUUGUGCUAAGCUAUGCUAAACCAGCUGCUUGCAGUAGCUUCAUAUUUACCGUACAAACACCAGUGGUAUCAUCUUCUCAUCUAAUUCUCUGCCAGAAACUAAAUAAGCGAUUUUCCCAAAAAUGUGGAACUAUUCCUUUAAGUGAGACUCACUCUGUCUGAAGCAAAGGAGAUGGAUGAGCAUUGAAGCACUUGAUAAAAUAACAAUGCACAGACUCUAACAUUUUCAGGAGUUCCUUUCAAAUUUCUCAAAUAUAUUAAAUAUAUGCUGUUGAACUAUCAGGUUUUACUUUAAUACCUCAAAUGAUGAAUUCACAGUAAAUGUCCUGGGCUCUCACAUGUCGGCUCGCAGCAAAGCUGAAAUGAGAGAAGUGAGACCCACGUGACUUUCAGGCACAAAUGAAGUGGCGAUGAGACGAAGAACAAGUCUGGAUUAUUAAAACAUAUAAGCUCUGUAUUUACAUGUUUAUAGUCCAGUGUGGCUGCUGUGAUUUGUCACAGUUUAAUACAUAAUUCUAGUUGCCUUGUCUGUUAUAUGUAAAGAAAAACAUCUGAUAGGAAUGUUUUAUUUACUGACAUAUUGAUUUAGGUUUUUAUGUACAGAAACUGAACCUACGGGUACGUCAAGCCUUUGAACAGCAGUUGGUAAUAAUAACAAUAAAGACAUUUUUGUAUGAAAA